AUGCCGUCGGAUCUAUCAAAAAUUUUGGAACAAACAUUAAGAUUCUUAAAUUUUUUCGGAGUAUGGGCUGGCAAAACACCCCCAAAAUAUUACAAAUAUUUUUCCUUUAUUAGUGUUUUUCUAGCGGUUGUUUGCUAUAACUUACUUCUCACAAUAAAUUUGGUUUAUACUCCCAGGAAUAUCGAAUUAAUCCUACGAGAAGUGAUAUUUUUCUUCACUGAAAUAACUGUUACGGCGAAAGUGUUCACAGUUAUCCUUAUGCGUGAUGAAAUCAUUGAAGUAUUAAAUUUAAUCGAUAACGAUAAAUUCAUUGGUGACAAUGGAAAAAAAGAUGGAAUCCUUUACAAAACUCAUAAGGGUUACAAAUUCAGUUGGCGAGUAUACAACAUUUUGGCCCACGCAGCGUAUAUUUUUGAUAUAAUUGCUCCACUAUUUCUUGCUUUUCUACGGGGAACCAAAUCUGAAUUGCCAGUGUGCAAAUAUUACUUUCUGGACGAUGAAUUUCGAGAUUCCUAUUUCUUUAUUUUGUUCUUGUAUCAAGCUAUUGGAAUGUAUGGGCACAUGAUAUAUAACGUGAAUGUUGAUACAUUGAGCGCUGGGUUCUUAGCUAUAGCGGUAGCGCAAUUGAAGUUGCUGAACAGUAAUUUGACUAAUUUGAAAUUGUCUGCCGAAGAAUGCAAGCUACCCAGAGAAAUUCAAGACAAGAUUCAAUUAACGAGGCUCAACAAAUUGUUACGACACUAUGAAUUUAUUUUGAAUUAUUGUGGAGCGGUUCAAAAUGUUUUAUCAAUAUCAUUAUUCAUUCAAUUCGGUGUUGGAUCACUGAUAAUAUGUGUCGUUAUGUGCAGUUUACUGAUGCCUGCGUCUAUGGAGAGCAGAUUAUUCAUGGUGAUUUAUUUACUAAUGAUGACAGGACAAAUUUUUGUACCAGGCUAUCUUGGGACUCUGUUGACUUACGAAAGUCAAGAAUUAGUUACGGCGGCUUACAACUGUGAAUGGCUAGUGAGAUCAAAAUCGUUUAGAAAGGACUUGAUCCUGUUCAGAGAACGAGCAGCAAGACCUAUACAGAUUUCGGGAAUGAAAAUGUUUCCUUUGUCUCUCGUCACUUUUAUUGCAAUUAUGAAGACAGCGUAUUCUUUCUUCACGUUAAUAAGAAAUGUUCAAGAUAAAUAGACUCACUGUUCUAUGAAGAAAUACACUUGUUGGUUACCUACUUAUCUUUAGAGUUUUCACCCUCAAUUAAGAGAUGGAUAAAAAUAUUCAUUGGAUUUU